AAAGAAAGAGUACUCAGUUUAUAUGGCGAUAAAUAAACUGGUUUGAGAAAAGCCUGCAGUAGAGCUUACAGGCCGUCAGUGGACACAGAUUUUUGAUGAUCAUUGUCUGAAUUCCCACGGUGGAUGAGAUCUCAUUGAUGGCUCUACAUCCGCAACUUGAGUCAAAACAUACAAACGUAUUUUGCUACACGAGGUUUCCCCACCAUCCCCCGUGUGGUGGCCGCGUCAGGCAACAGUUUAAAGUUUCUCCUCGCAGCAGUGCGCGGCUGACACACGGCGCGAGACACACGCGCCACGCUCGACGCGACAGUAAAAGUGAUAAUAUACAAAGCGGUGCCCAGUUUUAGGAGCUAAGAUGACACGCGUUUCGCUGGUCGCGCUAGCGGUGCUGGCGGCGGCGUGCGCGGAGGAGCGCGCGCUGGAGCCGGCCGUGAGGGGGGCGGAGCAGUGCGAGCUGCUGGACGAGGCCGGGCCCUGGAGCGAGCUGCUGCAGCAGUGGGCGCUCGCGGACAGCGGCGGCAGCAGGCAUGGUCGCGUGAUGAACCUGCCUUCCGGGCAGAGCUACUACAUAACGGACCGCGUGGACGGGCUGAUGCUACCGCCACCGCCGCCCGCCCACCACGGCAAGCAGCCCAACCACCCAAACUACCCGAACGCGCCGGCGCGGCCCUACGAUGAGUGGCAGCACGCGCCGCCCGCCGUCAGCAAGAUCGUCAACAGACCCCCAAACCCAUACAAGGAUAAAUUUAAACCCAGUCAUCCCGGGCCUCCGAUCCCGGUGCACACGGCCCCGGCCCCGGCCCCGACGAGCGUGGACCGCGUGGACGAGAGUAAGCAGGAGCCGCCCAAACAGAUGACGGACACCGCGCUCUACCUGCUCAGCGCCAUCGAGAAGCUCGCCUACCGCGCGGACUUCAUGGAGAAGCGCCUGCGCAAGAUCGAGGACGCCGUACACAUCCUAGUGGCGGGAGCCGAAGCUAAACCAGAGCCGUGCAUGGAGGAGUUCAUACGUGUGGGCGCCAGUUGUUACCACGUGUCGACGGACACGGCGGACUGGAAGGGGGCCAAGUUCGCGUGUCGCCGCCUCAAGGCGCAUCUGCUGGAGAUCAACACGGAGGUCGAGCGCAGGAAGCUCACCGCCGCGUUGCUCGCCGACAAGCGAUACAAAGGCGGUGACUACUGGACGGGCGGGCUGAACCCGGGUCUGCUGUGGAUCUGGCCGCAGUCGGCGCAGCAGAUAGUGACUAACGGCACGUCGAGCGACAACAGCACGGCGUCGGGGGCGCAGGCCGGCAUCCCGGGCGCGGGCCGCUGCCUGGCGUGGCUGCGGGAGGGCGCGGGCGCGGGGGCGGGGGGCGCGGGCGCGGGGGCGCGCUGGGGCUACCGCGGGCAGGACUGCGGGCGCGCGCUGCGCUACGUGUGCGAGGCGGCGCCGGACCGCGAGCUGCUCACUAACGACAUCCUGCGCGCCGCCAGGCUGCUGCGGGCCCCGCGCGGCUGACACACGCCGCACACACACACACACACACUAUUUAUUCUAGACUAGGUAUUCAAUUAUCAAUGCACUGAACAGAAAUAUUCGCGCUUUCAACUCGUUGUCUUCUUCCAAGUAAACCAAUUGUAUAUAUAGUUAUCGUGCGGAGUCUUCCUGAUGAAAUCGCGAAUGUUGGUUGUAAUAUUAAAUAAAUUGUUUGAGUAAAAAAAAUA